UAGAGUAUAAUCAACCCAUGCUGGUAGCGUCCAUAUACUUCUGGGACGCAACUCAUAAUACUUUCCAUCUCCCAUGUGGAAUGGUUACCCCUACCUUAUUCGAUGUAGCUUCUAUUACUGGGCUUCACCCAUUAGGAGAGGAUUUCGACCCCAAUUACAUUGAUACUGACACUAUCAAAUUUGGCGAGAGCAAAGCCACUUACACCGUAUUCACUGUGAAACAUCACAACAAAGAUAGUGAUGAUGUUUCUGACGAAGAACAUAUUGCUUUUCUGGCGCUUUGGCUCUCAAUGUGCGUCUUUUGCUCGAGAUCAUUACAGGUGGCGAAGAGGUAUCUUGCCUUGGAGAAUCAACUUAAUUCUGGAAGGAUGUUAGACUUGAGCCAAAUGAUCCUUGGGUAUCUCUAUGAAUGCCUUGGUGAAUCUGCUGAUCUUCUGAGAGCUUACGAAGCUGGGACUUAUCUACUCUUUGUUGGACCCUUUUGGCUGUUGCAAUUGUGGUUAAAUGCCACUUUCGAGACUGUUUUGCCGAAGAAAGGAUUAGUUGAUGAAAAUGAUGAGGCCAUCAAGAACAGAACAAUAGAAGGAACAAGGUUAACCUACUUAACCCCUAGGACGAAGGAGGUCAACUGCCUGAAGCCUUUCAAGCCUACAUAAUGAUGUUUGCAAAGCAUUAUCGAUUUGGUCCUUCGAUGGCUCCUUUUGUCGAGAGGAAAGUAGGCCCAGAAUAGUUUACUCGAGAAUUUCCCGCCCCUUUACCAAAACAACAGGCUGAGUCUAUGGCCAUUUGGGAGGCAUUUUUGAUUCCUUAAAUAUUGUCUCAUAGGCUACGAAUUACGAAGAGCAACUACGGCCACCUCAGCUAUCAACCAAAUCAUGUUUCGAGACAAUUUGGACUUAUCCAACUCCAUCCUAAGUGUAUGUAUGAUAAGAAGGGCCACCUGUGUCUGUACUCUAUGUUCU